AUGCACUCAUUCCUUGCCAGAGCAAUCGCAAACGUACUUAAUGAAGAAACCAUCGGCCCGAACGGAUCAGAAAAAAAAACACCUACCAGGUAUCCAAAGAGCCGCAAUCCAUGCGAUGCUCAUUUGGAGCAAGGUACGAUUAGCCCUAUGCCGAAGAGUCUUGCAGUUGCAUUCGAAAUGUCCCCUGAAUGCGUGCCCGGGAGCACGCUGCCCACCCGUUUUAAAGAUCUUGACAAAAAGAUCGACCUCGCCAUCGGCCUACAGCUACACCACAUAACCAAAGCCGCCCUCUGCACCGAGCAAGCGAAAACUGAGGAACCCUCCAAGGCCAUCAACCAGGCCUCGACCUUCAUCCACCAAAACCCGCGGCUCCUCAGCAUCGAGGUCAAGCGCACGUAUGGCGGCACCGAUCCGAUAAUCCAACUGGCUGCUUGGUCGCCGUCGAGUUCAUUAAGCGCGAGAUCGAAGAAGUAG